AUGGCAGAAAGACACCAAACAAAACGUCGAAGAUACGACAGCGAAGUUUCUACACCGGGUUAUAGUUCGCCGGAUGAAUUGGCAGAUGAUAAAGCAACCCGACCAUCUGCGAGCACGCGUCGCGAUUCAACACGCAGACAAUCGAGACCAUAUUCUAGUGAUGGCAGCGCCGAUGAACUAGACAAUACCGAUCCCCGCCAUCGAAGUCCACGAAGGACUCGAAGUCGUCGAAAUUCAAAUCAAUCAAGAAGUAGAUCUACCUCUGAAGAUUCACAUCGCUCGGCGCAAUCCUCAUCUACACCUUCUCAUAAACCUUUAAAACUCAACUACAAAUGCAAAUUUAUAUUACGGGGACAUCGCAAAGGAGUUGCGCAAGUAAGAUAUUCGCCCGAUGGUCGAUGGAUAGCUAGUUGUUCUGCAGAUGGCACAAUUAAAAUAUGGGAUGCGGAAACGGGAAAACAUUUGCGAACAAUGGAAGGUCAUCUGGCAGGUGUAUCGACGAUUGCUUGGAGUCCGGAUUCAAAUACUAUAGCUUCAGGAUCAGAUGAUAAGGUCAUUAGGCUUUGGGAUCGAGCGACUGGUAAACCAUAUCCCACGCCUUUACUUGGUCAUCAUAAUUACGUUUAUUCGGUCGCUUUUUCUCCAAAGGGGAAUGUAAUCGCAAGUGGAAGUUAUGAUGAAGCAGUCUUCUUGUGGGAUCUACGGGCAAGAAGGCAAAUGAGAAGUUUGCCAGCGCAUUCCGAUCCGGUUGGUGCGGUGGAUUUCAUCCGAGAUGGAACAUUAGUAUGCAGUUGUUCUACUGAUGGGCUCAUUCGAGUAUGGGAUACAGCAACUGGUCAAUGUCUUCGAACUCUCGUACACGAAGAUAAUGCGCCGGUAACUACAGUUCGAUUCUCGCCCAACGGCCGGUACAUUCUGGCGCAUACACUCGAUUCAUGCAUACGACUUUGGGACUAUGUAGCUGGAACAUGCAAAAAGACAUAUCAAGGCCACGUUAAUAAUAAAUACUCAUUGGGUGGAAGUUUUGGUUUCAGUGGUAAUCAAGGAUUUAUCAGUUCGGGUAGUGAAGAUGGAGAUAUUCUCUUCUGGGAUGUUAGCACAAAGGAAUUAAUUCAGAAAGUUCAUGGACAUGAAGGCGUCGUUUGUUGGGUCGAUACUGCUCCUGGACCAAAUGGAGCAAUUGCCAGUGCUGGUUUGGAUGGGACAGUCCGAAUAUGGGUCGAUGUGGGUGAUGAAGAUGGGUCCCCGAGACUGGAUAAUCUACAUCUUGAAUCGCAAGGCACAAAUCAUGUAAAGCAGGAAAAUGGAGAAGAUGAAGAUAUGGGUGGUUACAGGAAUGAGGAGAGAGAUGAUAGAGAUGAGGAAAGGCAAAGGAGAUAUAGCAAUGAUACCCCGAGAGAUGAUAUGAGUGUGGAUAGGGAGAGAUCGAGAGAUAGAGAUAUAGAUAAGGAAAGGGAAAGGGAAAAUGAAAGGGAUAGAAGCGAGUUACGCAGUCCGGAGAAAAUGGAGGAAGACUAA